AUGCAUCAUUGGACCUGCGAAUGGGAGAGUUGUGAGAAACCAGCCGCCCAGAGAACAGGAGACUGCUUGCUGUGCGACAAACACCUGUGUCGCACGCAUCGCCAAGAGCAAUGGCACAAAUGCCCAAAACCAGAGGAAGACUGGGAAUCCUACUCUGCUCAAUACGCAACCACAGAAGCUCGCCACAUAGACGAGCUACGCCGUCGAAUAGACAGCUCAGAACUAUGUGCCCGUGCAUCGAUGCUCAGAAAUGGUAUCCCAUGCACUGUAGAUCUAUCCCAGAAGGGGCUGUCUACUAUGAUGGGCAACCAGAACUGCCACGCUGAGCUAGUGUUCGAGAUGGACUUCAUCGCCGCCCCGGGAGUCCGUGAUUGGAUUCUUCGAAGCGAAGCUGCCGCUAUGACCUAUCUCCAGCGGUAUACUCGUAUACCAUCGCCUAAGAUUUACGAUUGGGCGUGCGAAUCCGAUCCAGAGAAUCCACUGGGAGUUGGCUAUAUCCUGAUGGAAAAGCUGGAUGGAAAAUCCAUAGAUUGGCAAGCGGCGACCCUCCAGCAAAAAGAUAAGGUCAUGCAGCAAUUGGUUGACAUUUUUCUCGAGAUUGAAAGGCAUCCCUUUAAAGCGAUAGGAUCCCCUAUCUUGGUAGGAGAUACGAUAGACAUUCAAGGCCUUACAUAUCAAUCGACCUUCCGAGCGGGCAAGGGUCGGCUCGGCCCAUUCUCUUCUGUGCUAGAAUGGUUACAAGAUAUACUGGAGGCUUACCUCGCAAUGAUAGCCAGCGGUGAGAUUGACCCCUGCUACCCGGUGGAGACCUACCUUGUCCACCGAUUUCGCCAGGACAUUAUCGGCUCUCUCUUAGCAGACGUGUCACCAGGCGAUCAAUUCUUCCUCAAGCACCCAGAUGACAAAGGCGACCAUAUUCUGGUCGAUGACUCUUUCAACGUCGUGGGAAUUAUAGAUUGGGAAUGGACCCAAACAGUCUCCAAGGCCGAGGCUGCUAUUUUCCGUGAGAGAGGUCGUGAUGAUCUCGCAGACUAUGUGGUUAAAGGCAGAAAGAUUCAGAGAUUCUUCUUUGCUCUUGGGGUUGAGAGCUCCUUUCUAGAUAUGGAAACACUUCUACCUUUGUUUGCAAGACUUUGA